AUCAUCGCAGCCUGAUCUAAUGUGGUUCACAAGGCUGAAUGAUUUCGCCUUGGAAAAUAAAUAUCAAGCAGCAACUUAACAACAAGAAAUGGGAUUACCUUUAAAGAUGGAAAAUCUACAUGCGCCUACAGUUCCCUCAGGCCCUACCUCUGGUCCAGCAGCAAAUGGAAUGCAAACGGAUGGCCUCACAUUUUCUCAACUCCAGGCUAAGAAAGACAAUAUAGAAGCUGAAAUUAAAGCUUUGGGUGGUGUUCUCGACUCGGCAGGUUAUAUUUCGAGUCGCAUAGGCUUCUGCUAACAUUUGGCAGCAUGGUGUGGAUAUGACUACGCGGCUUCUGACACCCGAUGGUUUUCCCCGAGCAGAUCUAGAUGUUGCACAAAGUAAGGUAUUCGAGCUCUAAAAGUGCCAUCUAGACUAAUUUCUCCUAUAAAGUUAGAACCACUAGAUCACGAAUAAUCCAUCUCAAAAAUGACUACAAAGCGCUUAUGAGCGUUAUCGAGAAGCAUAUCCAUGAACAUUUUGCGAGACUUGCCGAAGACCCAAAACCAGAGGAGCCCGUCGUCGGCGACGCGCAGGUCAGCGAGAUUAUAGCUUCUUUUGACGAGCCAGCACCCUUAGAUUUACCAUUCGCGAAAGUCAAUAGUGUUGCAGCCGGUAGUCCUGCUGAUGAUGCAGGUUUAAAAGCCGGGGAUAAAAUCAGGAACUUUGGGUACGUCAAUCAUGCGAACCAUGAUGGCUUAAAGAGGGUUGCAGAAUGUGUACAAGGAAAUGAAGGUGUAUGUUUUCUGAAUCACUACAAGAUACGCAAAAGCCUUACUGAUCUCUACCCAUAACAGCGCGUGGUUACCGUGAAAGUUUCCAGGGAUUUAGGACGCCAAGAGUUACAAUUAACUUUGACGCCACGAAGAAAUUGGGGAGGUAGAGGUCUUUUGGGUUGUCAUAUUCUGCCAUUGUAGUGCAAAAUCGUGAAUGCUAUUCAUGAUAUUGCAGGUGCUAUUCCAGCGUAGGAGUUACAAGGCAGGCGUUUGGGUUCUGGUUGGAUUGUAAAACGGAGCGAGUUUGGCCCAAAUACUUUCCGUGCCAACGCAUAAGGUUAAUUUAGGCAUCUUCGGGGGAAUAUUCAUAUAAUACCUACUACCUAGCUACUAGCAUAGCAAAUCCUUUCUUGAGAAAUGGGGUUUUAUUUUGUCAAAGUCAAAGCUACAUGGCUUGUUAGAGAAGCGCUACUGAUGAUGUAAGUGGUUGACCAGUAGCUUCUUGAAAAAUAUGCAUUUGGAACCGCUUAUA